AUGCGAAUAGGAUCAAAGAUAAUCUUCAUAGCCUUCUUCACAAUUGCCUGGAUCGCUUCUACGGCGUUGGCGAUCCCUCAAGUUGUUGAUCGUGAAGAUCCACCUCCAACUCCACCGGCUCCUCCAAAACCCAUCGCGACAGCCGACGAAGUCGACAUAACCAGACCAAAUACCACGGCCGGCCCAGAUGGGAAGCCACCGAUCCCUAUCACGGUGCAGCUUUUCUCCAGCUCGCCAGGCGUAAAGUCAUGUCGGAGCGGCGCGAUGAUAGUGGACAUGGAGUUCCCCAAGAACGCGUCGAUAAGCCCGCAGUUCACGAGCCAGAACGGGCAAUGCUACGACUUGCCCAGCACAGCGCAGUGUGGAAUAUUCUUGGCAAACAAGGCAGACGGCUGCGAGGCGAAGCUGUUUAGAGGGCAAAAAUGCACAGCAUUUAUCAACGUCGCCGUCUUCCAGCCCGAGCUACGACCGGUGGGCGGGUUUUUUACGAGUAUGGCUAUCAAAUGCGGCGUCAAACCCGUCGAGGUGCCGCCCUUAAACUUGGGGGGACUCGGAGGGAAGAUGCAGAAAUCGACUGGCAAGACAGCCAAGGCGGCAAGGGCUGUUGAUGCCGCAAUUCAUGCCGGCCGAUCCUAG